AUGCCAACCCCGAGCGAGCUGGAUGUCCUACCAUCAGCACCAUCACCCAUUGAGGCCUCAUCGUCACGGACAGGUUUCGCUAGCUGUCCGCCGGAGGAGGAACGCGUACCUCACGCGCCAAGAACAGAAAGAUUGGCCACACCGGAGUCAGAUGCGGUAGAGUCUGACAGCGCGGAGGAUGAACCCAUGAGGGUGCAGGGACCGACACCACAUGUGGACGCGGAAACUCUCCCUUCAGAGGAUGUAGAUGGUGUCGAAGCGCACGACAAGGCAGAGCACAUUGAAGAUGCAGGCAUCGAGGUCGACGUAUCAAGUUCACCUGAGUCGUUAGAUGCAUCCACUGCGAGCGAUAUAAAGCCGGCACGAUCAACACCGAUUACAGCGAAAAUACCUAGCGACGAUGAGCCGCUCUACCUCACAUUUCCGAAUGAUAGGUUAAGGAGAACGCCCAACUCUACGUCCUCGCUCUUAAGGCCAGGCAGUAGGUUCAGGGGUACUCAGCAGUCAGACCGACAAGUCUACGAUGUCCAAGUUGAAAUUAAAGACGUCGACAUGGCGGAAUCGUUCCUGUGUGGCUACCUGCGGAUACAAGGUCUUACCGACGAUCAUCCAACACUAACGACCUUCUUCGAAGGCGAAAUAGUUGGGCCUAAGUAUCUGUUCAAGACAACGCAUCCGACGUGGGGAUCAUCCGAGAAGGUUGACCUGCAACACUGGGCACGCUUUCCAGCAUGGCGGCCACUCGCUAAGAGCGCCAAGUCGCCCAAUUUCACCCUGAAGAACUAUCAACAGCGUGAACACCUGUUCAUGCGCUGGAAAGAGUACUUCUUGGUGCCAGAUCACCGGGUGAAAACCAUCACUGGCGCAUCGUUUGAGGGCUUUUACUAUAUCUGUUUCAACCAGUGUACGGGUACAGUCAGCGGCAUCUAUUUCCACGCGAAGAGCGAGAAGUAUCAGCAAUUAGAGCUGGAGCACGUCGACGACAAGGGUUGCAUGGGCGCGAUAGAGUUUCGAUGA